AUGAAUCCCUCGCGACAACCUCCAGAGUCCACGAGCCGCGGCGGACCUCCCAACGUCAGCGGAUCGGCAACGAAUAUGCACGCGGAGCUCAUGGGCGCCGGCUUCGCAUAUGCGCCUCCCCCAACCAACGGGCCCAAAUUUGCCGAGAUGCCGGCGCAAGGCUCGCAUUGGUUUCCCGGUGGAGAUGCCGACUACGGCUUUGAUGACGAGAACGGGGAGGGCGGCGAUGCUGCGGGAGAUGGCGACGAAGCCGAGGGUAGAGAUGCCAAGAGGCGGCGGAUAGCCCGAGCCUGCGACAUGUGCCGCAAGAAGAAGAUCAAGUGCGAUGGCAAGAUGCCGAAAUGCUCGCACUGUGAGAACUACAAGACCGAGUGCAUCUUCACGCAGGUGGAGAAGAAGCGAGCCCCGCCGAAAGGGGCCAAGUAUAUCGAGGGACUGGAGAAUAGGCUGGGUCGGAUGGAGAACUUGCUGCGGUUGAGCGGACUGCUAGCGGAGGAUGACGGUGGCAGGACUGAUCUGGGUACGCUGGAGAAGCGAUUGGCGGAGCGGCAGGGCAGUACGAGUCAGGAUAGUAGUCCUGCGGUGGCGAGUGGGAGUCCUUUGGCACCGGCCACGGCGGGAGCGGCACCACCACAGCGACAAGCUGAUCUCAGUCGUGCUUCGGCUAAUGGAACGCCACGCUCAAACAACCGCACGCCUGCCUCAGCACAUACCGCACCACCUCCACCACCUCCGAAAACAACAUCGCCGGCGUCCGCCACAGCAGCUGCGCCACCACCACCAUCCGCGACAAAAACUAUCCCGGACAACCCGUUCAAGCAGCCAGAAAAGACCGUCGACAUGCUAGCCGACCAAAUGUGUAGCCUCAUCACAAACAACUGCGGCGAGACACGCUACAUUGGCUCCUCAUCCGGCUUCUCCAUCUUCUCCCCAAAAGGCAUCCAAUGGGUCAAUGAGAAGACUGGCGAUAACAGUUUUCAAUCUAUGAUCGCCACCGCCACAAAAGACGAAGUGCAAACUGGAGGUGGGUGGGAACACUGGAAGCCGGAAGUCUUUAACGAUUUGUUCGAGCGAAAGAUCUUCAAACCACUUCCGCCCAGACGAGAGGCGGAGGCGUUGUUGAAAGAUUACUUUGAGCACUUCAACCAGAUGUUCCCGCUUUUCCACGAACCGACCUUCAUGCAUUUGGUGGACAAACACUACUCUCUGGAACCUUACGAAGGAUCUGGAUGGUGGGCUUCCCUCAACGUCGCUCUCGCAAUAGCCCACCGCCUCCGCGUCAUGUCCAAUGUUGUCGGGCAAGAAGAAGACGAUCAUGCUUGGGGCUACCUCAAGAACGCCAUGGCUGUUAUGACGGAGCUGACAAUGCGGAAUACCGACCUCCUAUCCGUACAAGCACUUCUGGGAAUGGCAUUGUUCUUGCAAGGCACUCCGAAUCCACAGCCCACUUUCUUCUUGGUCGCAGCGGCGAUACGGUUGGCACACAGCAUUGGCCUCCAUAAGCGAGGUAGCGGCUUCAAUCUCAACGAAGUAGAAAACGAACAACGCAAACGCGUCUUCUGGAUUGCCUAUCUGCUGGACAAGGACCUGUGUCUGAGGAGCGGAAGGCCACCGAGUCAGGACGACGAUGACAUGAAUGUCGAGUUACCGUCUGAGGACCCACCGGAUAAUGUCGGCACAGUUCCCCUUACCAAAACCGAUGGUGGCGGAGAAGACCGCAAAACGAUGAACCUCUUUCGCUUGAUGUGCACCUUCGCCCAGAUCCAGUCCCGUGUCUACAAACACCUCUACAGCGUCAAAGCCUCUCGCCAGUCCGACGGCGAACUCCUAAACACCAUCGGCCUUCUGGACUCUGAGCUCGAGAACUGGAAGGAAAGCAUCCCGGUAGACUUUCGGCCCGAACAUGCUAUCAAUGCCGCCCACACUCCACUGAUAUUACACGUCGUCUGCUUGCAUUUCGCUUACUACAAUUGUCUAACCACCAUCCAUCGGAUGAGCGUGCAUCAUGGGUACUGGACGAGCCGAUUGAGUGAUUAUGCAAUUCAAGGACUGAAUGCCCGGCCCUUAAAUCCAAGGGUCUUCAUGUCCGCGGCGUUGUGUGUGAAUGCGGCGAGAACGAGUAUCGGGUUGAUCCGGUACAUUCCUCAGGGCGAUUAUGCUUGUGUUUGGCUCAUUCUCUACUAUCCCGUCUCAGCACUUGUCACGCUCUUCGCAAACAUCCUCCAAAACCCUCAAGAUGCUCGGGCCCGCAGCGACCUCAAACUCAUGUCCUCCGUCGUCUCCUUCCUCACAAUGCUGGAACGGGAUGUCAACGAAGCGAAUGGGAACGUAAGACGCAUGCUUAGUGUGUGUGCGGAAUUCGAACGUAUUGCUCGUGUUGUCCUGGACAAGGCGGAGCGGGAUCUUCGUAGCGGAAGAGGCAAACGCAAGAUGGGUGCUGCUGUCGGCGCGUCGACUCCAGGAGGCUCACAGACUAACGGCGUGUCUGGUGGAGCUGAGCAGAGUGGUGGAGCGGAAAGAAGGAUGCCGACCGAGCGAGAAAAGGCUCGGAUACUGCGCGAUCGAGGCGAGCAAGAGAAGGUUGUUGAUGAGGGGUUGUCACAAGGUUUAACGUUGGAACAGAUGCAAGUCGAGACGCAGGCGGGGUAUAGACGGCCGAUACAGACGCCCAGUCUCCGGGCGAGUGUAGCUGGAUCUGCGGGAGCCAGUCCAGCGAGCUGGGGUGGAAGUCAGCCUGGUGGUAUCGGGGCGGAGUACAGGAGUCCGAGGUCCGCUACUGAUUCAUAUGGCCCUCAGCAGCAGCAGCAGCAUUCACAACAGCAAGGCGGUGCAGGUGCUGGCUUGCCGAGCAUGAUGGGUAAUGGAUCGCGACAAUGGGAUGGCGGACCCCUGCCUCCUUUCCUCAUGAACAUGAGCAAUGGAGAUCAGCUGAAUUACGGCGGCGGCCCACCGCGCUCGCCUUUACCUGGCCCAGCUAACUUCUCCCAACCCCAAGGCCAGUUGACAGACGGUUACGGUAAUCCUUCGGUUACUGGUUUGACACCGCCAGGCAAUAACGGUGGUGGUGUAGGCUUGACGGACCCAUUGCUGGGGGAUAUGGGCGCAAUGACUUCCGGGCCCUUCGACAUACCGAAUGGCAACGGGAUGGGCGGCGGAGCUGGUGGUGGUGGUGGUGGUGGUGGCAUGCCUGGUUCAUUUCAGCAGCCUUUUGUGCCGCAGGACUUGUGGCAGAUGCCAAUGACCCUUGAGUGGGAUUGGGCUGAGGGGUUGGGGCUGGGGAGUUUCACUCCAGGACCGAUGUUCGAUAAUGGUGGAUACAUGGGGCCGGGGAUGGGUGGGGAGGAGGAUGGUAAUGGGAGGCGACAGUAG